UUUUUUUUUUUUCCUUUUUUUUCCCUUUCCUUUUUUUCCCCUUUUUUUUCCACUUCAUACUUUUUUAAAUAUAUAUAUAUACAUACAUAUAUACCAAUGAUAGAUUUAGAUGGUCCUUGGUUUAUAGACAAAGAAACCAAUAAAACUAUUCUCUUCCAUGGUAUCAAUGUUGGAGGUGGAGCCAAACUUCCUGUAGGAAUUCCGUCUCAUUGCCGUCAAGGAUUCUGGGUGGACUAUGAUAGAAAGGUUAACUUUGUUGGAAGACCUUUUCCUUUAGAAGAAGCUGAUACACAUUUUCAACGAAUUAUUUCUCUUGGUUUCAACUUGAUUCGUUUUGUCAUUACUUGGGAAGCUAUUGAACAUGAAGGCCCAGGUAUAUAUGAUGAAGACUAUUUGGACUACGUGAUACAAUUACUGAAAAAAUGCCAACAAUAUGAUUUGAAAGUAUUCAUUGAUCCUCAUCAAGAUACUUGGUCUCGUCAUUGUGGUGGUUCUGGUCAUCCUGGUUGGACUCUUACUCUUGCUGGUUUCAACCCUUUAUACUUUAGCAAUACAAUAGCGGCACUGGUUCACAAUACUUAUGAUGUUCCCGAAGAAUUCCCAAGAAUGAUAUGGAAUACCAAUUAUCAAAGACUCGCAGCAGCAACUAUGUUUACCCUUUUUUUCGCUGGAAGAACUUUUGCACCUCAAUGUAUUGUAGAUCAAAUCAACAUUCAAGAUUAUCUGCAGUCUCAUUUUCUUAAUGCAAUUGCCCAAUUAGCUAAAAGGAUUCAACAACAUGGAUUGGAAGAUGAUAUUGUGAUUGGAUAUGAUACUAUGAAUGAACCUGGACAAGGUUAUCUUGGAUUCCCUGAUCUCAACAAAUUAGAUGAAAGCGAUACAAGUUUCAAGAUGGGUCUUAUGCCAACUCCAUUCCAAGGCAUGUUACUAGGAAGUGGGAUUCCUUGCAAGGUAGCCAAUUAUGAAUUUAUCUGGUCUGGUCCAAAAAAAAAAGGUGAUGUUCUUGUGGAUCCUAACAACAACAACAACAACAACAAUAGUAAUAAUCAAACAGAAUCAACUUCAGCAUGGCUUAAUCAAGAAGAAUUGGAUGAUUCAUGUAUGACUUUUGGAUGGAAACGAGGAACAUCAUGGCAAAAGGCAGGUUGUAUAUGGGAGCAUCAUGGGAUUUGGGACAAGACCACGGGAACUUUACUUGCACCACAUUAUUUUGCCAAUGAUCCGAUCUCUGGAAAGCCGACACAUUUUGCUCAAGACUAUUGGAUUCCUUUUUUGACGAUGUAUAUUCAAACCAUAAGAUCUGUGCACACCAAUGCUAUUAUCUUUGUACAGCCUCCGAUCUUGGACAAACCACCGAAACUUCCAGAUGACAAUCCACUCUACUCUCGUUUAGUUUACACUCCUCAUUGGUAUGAUGGUCUCACUCUGGUCAAGAAAAAAUGGUGUAACUACAAUAUUGAUUUUAUCAAUCUGAAUCGUGGCAAGUAUGGAAGUGGUCCUUUACGGUUUAUUCGAGCUUUAUGUAUUGGAGAAAAGGCAAUCCGAAAAUGUUUUAUCAAACAAUUGGAAACUGUACGUGCUGAAGGACUGGAACAAAUUGGAAACUAUCCUUGUUUACUUGGCGAAAUUGGUAUACCUUACGAUAUGGAAAAUACAUCUUCGUUACAGGAAACUGAAAGUAUUUGGCAACGAUGUUUGCUUUGGAUUACGUCUUUAUUUUACGAUUCAACCAUCAAGGCUUCAAACAUUCGACAUCCCGAUUCAUCACAAAACAAAGCUAUGGAUGCAAGCAUCAAUGCUGUGGAAAGUACACUUUUGAACUAUACCCUGUGGCAAUAUGUUCCUGACAAUGAUCCAACUUGGGGAGAUCGAUGGAAUGGAGAAGAUCUCAGUAUAUGGCAACAAAAGAAUAGCAACAAGAAAACAACAUUGAUGGAUGACAAUAACAAUGAUGAUGAUGAUGAUAUAAAUCAUAAAGGGAUAGAAAGUACCAUAUCAACAAUGACGGAUGCAACAAUUACAGCUGAAGAUUUGGAUCAAAAGUUACUUGUAGAUGAAGAUACCAAUCAACGACGUUUAGUAUGUUUAAAUCGACCUCAUCCACGAUUUACACCUGGCAUACCAACACAUAUAUCUUUUACAUCACAGACAACAAAAAACCCUGCGUAUUAUCGUUAUGAAUUUCAAGUCCGACAAGAUGCCAUGGAUACAGUGACCGAAUUGUAUGUACCAAGCACUGGCUUUCCUCCUCCUACUGUUGAUGAUGAUAGUGGAAUAACAAGUAGAAUGGUGACACAAGUCAAUAUAUCUCAAGGGCAAUGGAAAGUACAAGAUAUACAACAAGAAUAUUGGAUCUUACGUUGGUGGUGGACAUCCUUAGAACAAGAGAACAAGAAGUUUAGUGUAUGGUUAGAAUUGAAAGGAAUCCGAUUUUUAUCCAAGUAGUAUAGUUUUAGUUGAUUUAUUUAUAUUAUUAUUAUUAUUAUUGUACCACGUGUAUUCUUUGAAUAGUUACUUAGCAAGCGUGGCGAAGUUAUUUUUAUUAGGAUAUCGUUUUGCUUGAUACAGUAUUUUUUGAAAUUCAGUCCUUUGUCUUAUAGCCAAUCAAGGCAGGGGGUUUUGAUACACAAAAUACAAUGUAUAUAUUUUUUAUAAUAAAGCCCCAUUUUUCCCCUCUUUU